UUGCCCGACGCAGCGAUCGUGCUCGUUAGCCCCGGGUUUGUAUCAACGACGGGCUACAAUACGAAGGCAAUCAUUGGACGCAACUGUAGGUUCCUUCAGGGACCAUCUACAGCCCCUGAAUCGGUGCAAAGGAUAAGAGAUGCAUUGAACGCGGGACGAUCUUGCACCGAGGUGCUUCUCAACUACCGCCGUGACGGCACUCCAUUCUUCUGUCUUCUCUCUAUCAUCCCAUUGAGAGACGCAGCAGGACAGGUCUGCUACUUCAUCGGAGGACAGACUAACGUC